CCAAGAAUUUGCAAAGACAUGCUUUUUCAAAAGCUUUAAUAUUACGGAAGGCAAAAUAUCAAAUUAUGUGAACAAGAGUUAACACAUAUUAUUCUACUUUGUCUGUGUAUCAAAUUGUUAUGUUUGUGUAUAUGUGUAGGCAUCUGUGAAGGGCAGUAAUCAUGGUAGUAUAGAAGGCAUAUUUCUGGGAAAUAUUUCAGUUAUGCAAUACACAAUAUAUUUUAAAGCAAUGGCUGCAAUAUUAGAUUGGGUUUUAUCAGGCGAAUUGCAUUAAAAAUUGGUCCUUUUUGCAAGUUUGGUUAUAUUUUGAGAAACAGCCUGAAACUUGCAUAAAAGAAUAGAAUUUAUGUACAAUUUGCAACCUUUGAAUUUGCCAUUCUUCAUUUGAAUCUGAUUUCAGGUAAUUGCACCACAGACAAAUGGGCGUUCGGGGUUUAACAAAAUACGUUGACACUUUGCCUUGUGGCAAACAUGGUGUUUGGGAAUUUGAUGAACUACGGGACACAAACCUUAUCAUUGACGGCUGUGGUUUAUAUUAUCAUAUUUAUAACGAUUCCAAUCAUUUAAACAUUAAAUAUGGAGGCCAAUAUAAGCAGCUGCAAGACAAAGUAAAGGAGUUUAUUGUAAUGCUUCAAUCCAACAAUGUCGUGCCAUAUGUGGUUAUUGAUGGUAUCAUGACAAAAGAUGAAAAGAAGUUUCAUACGUCUCUCAAAAGAAAUCAAGAUCGUGUAAAGCAAAUGGAAGAUAUGUGGGGGACAUCAUCUACCAGUGAUAUGGUUAUUCCACUCCUUGUCCAAAUUGCGUUUGUGCAGGUUUUGCAAGAACUUGGUGUCAAAUAUGCUGUGGCUGAUUUUGAAGCUGAUUGUGAAAUUGCAUCACUUGCAAAUGAACUGGAUGCUCCUGUGAUGGCAAAAGACAGUGAUUUCUACAUUUUCAACAUAAAAGGUGGCUACAUUCCAUUCCAACAAUAUAAUUUCUCUUGCGGAAACAUCACAGUGAAAAAAUUCAAAUUCCAAAACUUUGCCAAAUACCUUGGCAUUGACCCUGGUAUGCUACCCCUGCUUGCCUCGUUGAUCGGAAAUGAUUAUGUCUCUCACAAAAUGUUGCAGCCAUUCAUGGAUUACCUUCAACAACCAACAGAUAAGAUUCCAGCCAUUGCAAAGUUCCUAUCUAAAUGCAAGCGCAAUGCAGCAUCAACAGUAUUUGAGGCUGUAGUGGAGUUAAUUCCAAGCGUCCAGCCAGAAUUUGAGCAAGCAUUGCGUCUUUCUGUUGAAGAAUACCAAAUGAAAGAAAGCAAUCUGAUAGGAUAUUUCAGCUCUAAUGACCUUAGUUGCAAUAUUGUUACAUUUAACAAUCAUUCUUUACCGCAAUGGGCUGUUCAGUUGUUUCGAGAUGAUUCAAUUGCAUCGUCAGGUUUCGCAUGUUUGUGCAAUCGAAAGAUUUUCCUCCAAACCCAAUGUGAGGACCCAUCACUGCCCUCAGCACAAGCGUGUGUUCAGGAUCUCAGAUGGCACUAUUAUGCCAUGCUUCAGCACUUCGAGAAUGCAGACAGUGGUAGAGAGUUGGGGCUGCCCCAAAGCAAAGCUGGUGCAGAAAGCCUGGUAACAGAGACACACCAACAAAGUCACCCUAGUGUGUCAAGGACUGAUACUGGUCUGACCAAAGACACCCCCCACCUUGUUGAAAUGAUAGAAGAAUUUCAAAUCCAGGACGAUGCAGAGACUAGCCUCAGCAAUACUCCCUGCAGACCUCAUCAAGAUAUUUAUUCACCAUUGGAAUGCACUAACAGAGAAACAAACUUUUCUAAGGAAAUAACUGUUACUGAGUUUGACAGAAAAGGGUCAACACUUGCUGAGAAAGAAAGGAAGGUUGACUUAACGCAGAUCAAGAUUCAGAUUGAUGGCAUACGAGAGAUGUCCAAUGAGGCUAAGAAAAGCCACUUAUUGAAGUUACUUGAUUCUGAUCUACCAUUCAUACACAAUCUUGCAAUUGAACACCAGUUAGUAGUGGCAGCCCUGAGGUACUGGAUAAUCAAUUGCGAUGUCAAUGAAAAGCAGCUGGCUGCAAUUUUGGUCCACUAUGUUGGUGAAAAACCACAGCCGUUAAAACCAAACAAAUCUCUGCAGCCAGUUCAUUGUUUCUCACAGUGGCAAAAUGUUGUGUACUGGACGGAAAAAUUAAACUCCUUGUUUUCAGCUCCAUUUCCACAUCUGCAAGCAGCAAAACUGUACAAUGGUAUUCAAGUGUGUUUGGUACAUGAGACGCUGAUCAGCGAAGAAGAUGUCAAGGCAGAGUUCAUGGUGAUCUACCCUGACUUAUAUCGCCUACUUCACAACGCCAUCACGAAAGAUAUACGAGAUGAUUGGCAGUUCAAGCCAGCGAAAGACGAGAAAAAGACUACAAGUAAAGAUUACUUGAAACGAAACCCAUUUGCUGUUCUGGGGGAAUUAGAUUCGGACUAGCUUUGAAAACAAUUUUUUUGUUCCACUUUCUGGUAAUUUGAGCGCGUUUUCAGCCAACUUACGAUAAAAGCGAUAUUUUAAAUGAUUUACAUUGUUUUAUUGUUAUAUAUAAUACAUAUAUCACAUAUAUACAUUUUAAAUAACUGAUUAUAAUAUAAAUAUACCGUUGUAAUUAUUACUAUUUUUACAGUUCUAACUGCUCAAUGAUUUAUGAUAUGUCUGUGCUCUGAACUCAACUACAGGCAUAUGAUGGGAUAAAUACAUUGAUAUUUUGUUAUGAACUUUUUGGGGAAUAAAAAGUGACAAAAUGCAGACUGUUUAUUCGUUCACUUCGCUGAAAACAUCAGUAAAGGCAGUAUGAGGACAACUCCACUGGGGUUGGUAAUUGGUAUAGUGUGAAACAUCCCAAGG